AGAAUCUACAGGCACCUUCUGGCUUCUGUACAGUCUGGCGUCUCCUCUCUAUAUAUCUCUGCAUUUGUUUUUCAGUGAGUUUUUGUGUGUGAAACGGCGUCGCUUUCUCUGAAUAUGGCGGCGAAGCUUAUGCACGCGGUUCAGUACGAUAAGUAUGGUGGAGGAGCAGAUGGAUUGAAGCAUGUUGAAGUUCCAGUUCCUGCUCCAAAGAAUAAUGAGGUUUCGCUGAAACUAGAAGCAACCAGUCUAAAUCCAGUUGAUUGGAAAAUACAGAAGGGCAUGCUGCGGCUUUUUUUGCCUCGCAAAUUCCCUUAUAUACCUGCUACCGAUGUGGCGGGAGAAGUUGUUGAAGUUGGACCAGGAGUCAAAAAUUUCAAAACUGGAGAAAAAGUAGUUGCUAUUCUCAGCCAUCUUAAUGGAGGUGGGCUAGCUGAGUAUGCUGUGGCCAAGGACAGCCUAACGGUUGCAAGGCCGCCAGAAGUUUCAGCAGCUGAGGCUGCUGGCUUACCUGUUGCAGGUCUUACAGCUCACCAGGCUCUUACACAGUCUGCAGGGAUCAAGCUUGAUGGUAGUGGGAAGCAGGCAAACAUUCUUAUUACUGCUGCCUCAGGCGGGGUGGGUCACUAUGCUGUUCAACUGGCGAAGCUCGGGAACACACACGUAACAGCCACAUGUGGAGCCCGUAACAUCGAACUCGUGAAGAGCUUUGGGGCUGAUGAGGUUCUUGAUUACAAAACCCCUGACGGGACUGCCCUGAAGAGCCCAUCUGGUAAGAAAUAUGAUGCAGUUAUUCACUGCGCAACAGGUAUUCCUUGGUCCACUUUUGAGCCUAAUCUGAGUGAAAAUGGAAAAGUAAUAGAUAUUACUCCUGGUCCUAGUGCCAUGUUGACUUAUGCCAUAAAGAAACUUACACUCUCUAAGAAGCAGCUGGUGCCGCUCCUGCUAAUUCCCAAGGCUGAGAACUUGAGUUAUCUUGUUAAUUUGGUGAAGGAAGGAAAGCUGAAGACAUUGAUCGACUCGAAACAUUCUCUGAGCCAGGCUAAAGACGCUUGGGCUAAGAGCAUCGAUGGCCAUGCCACGGGAAAGAUUAUUGUGGAGCCCUAGGGUUAACCACAAUGUGCUUUAAAAGACUGUUGUUGAAACUGGUUGUUUGAUAUGCAUGUGUGGUGUGCAUUACAUUUUCUUUUCCUUAAUAAUUCUGUAAAUGAUAAUGUUUUAAGUGUGAUGUUCAACUUAUGAGUAUUAUGCAACUUUACGACAA